UAUUUUUGUUUUGCGUUUUCGUAAGAUCAUAUGGAAAUAGAAACUAUUUAACCACACAGUUCCAAAGAAUCUUAUGCCGUUUUUUGUUUAAAUUACAUGAACAGAAACUAUUUAUCCACGCAGUUCCAAAGACUGUGUCCACGAGAUAGAAAAGAAACGGUCAAAAAAUAAUAGUAAAAACCUCACUACUGACGGUAAUAGACAUGUCUAAAAAGUCGUGCAUGGAUAUUAUCUUCGUUGUUGUGUGUGUCUGCAUGACAUUAACCAAAUAUGCUAAAUGUACAACACUCGGACAAGGCUAUGAAUUAGGAAAAAAAUUACCAAUGACCCCUGUCAUGGUUUUGGAAAAGAUUGGACAACAGAUGUGUUUUAAGGAAUGUGAAGCUUACGGGGCAUGUCUGUCUAUCAACUACAACCGCGGGCAACUUGUUUGUGAGUUAAACAGUGGAAGACAGAACAACAAUCUCUCGCUGAUAAACGACGAUGAUUACGUUUAUAAGGAAAUUGCUCGUGCGGUGAACAAAACCUGCGGAAAUGUGACUUGCAAUUCUUACUCAAAAUGUGUUCGAACAGCAUUUCGUGAUUCGGUCUGCAUUCCCUUCGUUUGCAGUGAUCCUGAACCACCGAUAGAAAAUCGUAUCAUCGUAAAUAGAACGUACGUGCCACCAUCAAUCACAUACGGCUGUUCUCCGGGAUUCACCAGCGUAGGCAGUAAAAACGUCAUAUCUUGUGUUCCAGGGCAGAAAUGGGAAACUCGAAAUUACACAUGUGAAGAUCGUUGUUCCGGCGUUUUGGAAGUUUAUGAAGAGCGCCCAUAUUGUUUUAUAAACGAAACAGCAACAUGGGACGAUGCCGUUCAAACUUGUAAUAGCAGUGGAGGUCAUCUUGUAGAGAUUGAAAAUCUAACAGAGCAGAACUGGAUUAUUUCUAAAAUGAUCAGUAGCAACGAAUACAUGUGGAUAGGAUUGACAGACAGAGACUCGGAGGGCACUUGGUACUGGAUAAAUUCUCGUAAAGAACUAAAUUUUACAGACUGGUCCCCACCAGAACCCUCAGGAGGAACAAGCGAAAUCUAUGCUGUCCUAAGUCUAAUAUCGAAAAAAUGGUAUGACGUUCCGACCAAUUUCAAAGCAACCAUUCUUUGUGAGAUAUAGAGGGCAAUUAUGUUUGCAUAAUAACUACGGAUUACCAUGUUUAGAGCUUUGAUACCGAUAUAUACUAUGCUGUGUUUUCUUUUUAAAAUAAACAUUAGAUGAUAUAUUCCAAACCCAAUUUUUUUUCAAAUGACUUUGCUAUGCCGGUUGUCAACUGGAGCCAUGCAUUUUGUAUCUCAAUUAGAUAAGUAGAUUGAUUGUUCGAUUUUUUCCAUCGUGUUAGGUAAAAAUUAAAAUUAUACAGAAUGACUCUGCACUGGAUUUAAAAAUUGUAGAUAUAAUCUGGCUGACUUGUAUUGCCAUACACAGUGUGCAGGAUUGUCCAAGGGUG